AUUUCUAAAUACUCAAAUAUCUUUCUCUUAUGCCAUUCAAUCGGUUCUCGAGUUAACAAUAAUAAUGUUCACGCUUUCCAUUUCCAUGAAGAAAAUGAAUCACCUCAUGUUUUCUUCUCCAUUCUCAAAAUUCAUCAUCAUUAGUAUUACUUUUCAUUGGAAUUAAAGAUACUUUUAAAUCCGUGUUCCUUCUUCAAUUUUGAUAUUGUAUUUUUUUUUUCUGUUCUGCUGCCCAACAGUGAAAGUUAAGAAUGGGAAGAAAGAGCAAGAGGAAGAAAGCAUCGAGCACUGCCGGAGCUGGUAGCAGCCCGGAAACCGUGAUGAGUGAGGCAAUUGAACCUUCAAGCAGGGAUGCUGCAAACUGCUCAAACCCACAGUUGCUCUAGCCGAAUCCUAGUGUCUUGAUAAUGUAUUAUUCAAUCAGCUAUCAGGGCCACCGAAAAAAAGCCACCUCUGCCGUUGGAUUCUUCCAGCACUAAACAAGUAAAGCAGGAUGUGAACAAAAUAUCCCAGUCUAUGCUGAUCAAGCUUUAUAACUUUUGUACUCGUCGACCAAAGGCAAAUGAGGAAUUGAGUGUCGUGGUUAGUAUGUUCGGCGUUCACUUAAACCGCAGAGAUAUCUAUACAAUGAAACCAAAAGGAUGGGUCAGUAAUAUGGUGAUUUUAGCUGCUGGAAAGAUAAUGAUGGAAGAGGAGAAGGAAACAAAUGGGACUGUCACUCGUCAUAUAUUUAGCCCACAAUUUAUGAAUAAGGUAAAAUGUGACUUAAAUCUUUCUAAUGAAGAUAGCCACAAGACUUGGUGUAUUGAUGAUGUAUCUGUAUUCAUCUUGCCGAGUAAACUGGGUUAUGAAAUCUAUCAGUGCAAAUUGAUUUUUGCACCUACUAUAUUUGAGGAGCAUUGGUCUUGUUAUGUACUCGAGCCCAAGGACAAAACCCUGUAUGUGUUGGACUCGAUGCAUGAUAAAUUCUCAACUAGCAAGAAGAACUUGGAUGAUGCAACGAAACGUCGUUUUGAGGAGCUGCUGGUAUUAAUGAAUCCUGGUUCGACCAAAGAGAAUGUAUCAAUAACACUGGUUUACGCUGAUGUUCCUAGGCAGAAAAACAUUCAUGAUUGUGGCAUCUAUGUGCUGAAAUACAUGGAAAUUUGGGAUGGAUCGGUAAAAUGGCAAGACAAAACCAUGCCUGAUUAUGAAUAUAAAGAAAUGGUGCAGUUUCGGCAAAGCCUUUUGUGUGGAUGGGUUCAACAUCCUAGAAAUGAGGUUAGAGAAGAGAUUUUGAAGGCAGCAGGAGUGUGGGGAAAAUUAAGCUGACUGAAAUUGACCAUCAAGGUGACGUAUCUAAGAGAUUUCUGAUAUGAAUCUUGGUUAAUUUUUCUUUUAAAUUAAAUAAAUUUUUAAUUUUUAUAUAUUCGAGAUGCUUAAGAAAAUUGAUUCCUCUAGGUAGAGCCAUCUGAUGCUGUUAUAAUAAGUUGUGAUCAUCAACCAUCUUUAAUGAUAUUAUACAUAUUAUUCUAUAGAAGAACUUUACUCCAAA